ACACACACACUUUCCUCCGCUCAGCCUGAAGGACGCACUGAGCAGCCGGAGCAGAGAAAACAGGAACAUUUGGAAAUAUCGAAACAGGGAAGUUGGAUCUGAGCGUGAGUGUGUGAGCAGGAGGAACAGUCAUGUUCAGCUGGGUGAAGCAGGAGCAAGGUGGACGCAACAAGGAAGGAGAGAUGUACCAGACGGUGACGGAGGGGCUGCAGACCCUUUACACCAAGAAGCUGCUGCCGCUGGAGGAAGCUUACCUCUUCCAUGACUUCCACUCUCCGGCCCUGGAGGCCGCCGACUUCCAGAGCAAGCCCAUGGUGCUGCUGGUCGGCCAGUACUCCACCGGGAAAACCACCUUCAUCAGGUACCUGUUGGAGCAGGACUUCCCGGGGAUGCGGAUCGGACCGGAGCCGACAACGGACGGCUUCAUCGCGGUGAUGUACGGCGAGAACGAGGGCGUCGUCCCCGGCAACGCCUUGGUGGUCGACCCCAAGAAGCCCUUCAGGAAGCUCAACGCCUUCGGAAACUCCUUCCUGAACAGGUUUAUCUGCUCUCAGAUGCCCAAUCAGGUUCUUCAGAGCAUCAGCAUCAUCGACACUCCCGGCAUCCUCUCUGGAGAGAAGCAACGAAUCAGCAGAGGUUAUGACUUUGCGGAGGUUCUGCGUUGGUUCGGAGAACGCGUGGAUCGGAUCAUUCUGCUGUUCGACGCUCACAAACUGGACAUUUCUGACGAGUUCUCCGAAGCGAUCCGAGCCUUCAAAGGCCAAGACGACAAGAUCCGAGUCGUUCUCAACAAGGCCGACCAGGUGGACACGCAGCAGCUGAUGCGGGUGUACGGCGCCCUCAUGUGGUCACUUGGGAAGGUGAUCAACACUCCGGAGGUGGUGAGAGUUUACCUCGGUUCCUUCUGGGCCAAACCGCUGCAGAACACUGAGAACAGGCGUCUGUUCGAGGCGGAGUCUCAGGAUCUCUUCAGGGACAUUCAGAGUCUCCCGAGGAACGCGGCGCUCCGUAAACUCAACGACCUCAUCAAGAGGGCGCGGCUCGCCAAGGUGCACGCUUACAUCAUCAGCUACCUGAAGAAGGAGAUGCCGUCUCUGUUCGGCCGUGAGAAGAAGAAGGAGGAGCUGAUCAUGAGGCUGCCGGAGAUCUACACCAUCCUGCAGAGAGAGCACCACAUCAGCCCCGGAGACUUCCCCAACGUCGCCAAGAUGCAGGACAUGCUGCAGCACUACGACUUCAGUAAGUUCCCGUCUCUGAAGAUGAAGCUCAUCGAGUCGGUGGACAAGAUGUUGGCCACAAAGAUCGCCGUGCUGAUGUCCAUGAUCCGCGACGAGGAGUCCAAGGCUCCGCCGGCGAUGGUGUCGGGCGGCGCCUUCGAGGGCUCCCAGGACGGGCCCUUCGGUCAGGGCUACGGCGAAGGCAUCAGCGCCGGGGCCGACGCCGAGGACUGGAUCGUGAGCCGCGACAAACACCGCUACGACGAGAUCUUCUACACGCUGAUGCCCGUCAACGGGAAGAUCACCGGCGUCAACGCCAAGAAGGAGAUGAUGAACUCGCGGCUGCCCAACACGGUGCUGGGGAAGAUCUGGAAGCUGGCCGACUGCGACAAGGACGGCAUGCUGGACGACGAGGAGUUCGCUCUGGCUCAGCAUCUCAUCAAAGUCAAACUGGAGGGAUACGAGCUGCCCAGCGAGCUGCCCGAUCACCUGGUGCCCCCCGUGCACCGUAAGAACCCCACCGCGGACGCCAUGUACAACCACAGCGAGGACUAGAGCUGCACCCGACGCUGCUGCUGCUGCUGCACCCGACGCUGCACCCAAAGAGACUGACUGAGCAGAAGCAUCAACGUUUGUGCUGCUGAUGUUCAGACUGACAGAGAAACACAUCAGCUGAUCUACCUGCUCCAGAAGGUCCAACCUUAAAUAUACAGAUAGAUAUAUAAAUAUAAUAAAUAUAAUAAAUAUAACAGGCCAGCAAACACUCAAAUUCAGUGUCAGAGGAUUUUAGUACUUUUUAUUUGGUCAGAUUUGAUGUAAAGUAAAUGUAAAUGUGGCCUCAUCGUAUUUCACUAACUCUGCUUUUAUCCUGAUAUUCAACCUCUUUAACUUUCAUUCUUCUUUU